AGAGCGGGUCCCGCCAGCGCAGCACCAUGGCGGGCCCGGGCACCCUGCUGCUCCUCGGCCUGCUCCUCACGGCCCCGCCAGCGCUGGGGCAGGGCCCGGGGCGGCGGCAGCGGCCGCCCCCUCCCCAGAGCCCCCUGGAGAAGGUGGCAGUCCAGGAGGAGCUCAGCCUCCCCCAGCUUGCAGGGAGGUGGUUCCUGGUCGGUAUGGCCUCCCGCUGCAGCUACCUGGCAGAGCACAGCCACCGCCUGGAGGCCACGGCAGUGACGGUGACCGUCCCGGACGGGCAGAGCCUGGCGAUCAGCACCUUCAGGAAGCUGGAUGGGACGUGCUGGGAAAUCCGGCAGCGCUACCUCCCUGCCCAGGCCCGUGGACACUUCCUCCUGAAGGGCCGUGGCUCUGGCAGCAAAGUGGAGGUGGUGGUGGGUGAGACAGACCACAGCACCUAUGCCAUCCUCUAUUACCAGAAGGGCCGGAGCAUCUCUGUCAAGCUCUACGGACGAACCAGCCGGGUCAGCGAUGCCAUUGCAGACAAGUUCGAGCAGCGCGUCAGGGCUGUGGGCCUGAACGAAGACGUGACCUACUACUUCCCCCAAUACGGGUUUUGCGACUCUGCAGAGGAGUCUCACGUCCUUGACGAAACGAAGCCUUAGGUGCAGACAGUGUUGCCAGGAGGUCCCCAGAGCUCAGCCCUCACCUCAUCCAGCCGCCCAUGGCCAUGCAGAACCGAGCUGGGGUUUGGGGAGACCCUGCUGCUGCUCCACAGCCCUGGAGCCAGCCCUGGGGCUCUCUGGCUCUCCCAGCUGUGCUGGCAGCCAUGCCUGUCCUUGUCCUGUACCCCCACAGCUUUGUGUCACUCCUCUGCUCUGCGCCCCAGUGCCCUGCAGCAGCCAGUGACACCCCAAUAAAUGCCUCGGAGAAGAA